GCAUCGUGCGUCGGCUAGGUUGUCGUGGCAGGUUCCCCCACUAGGUGGCUGCACGAACGGUCUAAGGGGAAGGGAGGAGGAGCCCCUGCACCGUCUCAGUCUUCGCGUCGCUGCCCUCCAGCAUUCACGCCUCCCGCGUCCGUUCGGCGGCGCAGGCACACUCCGUUCCGUCUGUACACACGCACACGCGGCCGCCCCCCGUCUUCACGUAGACGCGCGCGUACACACGCCCUGAAUCCGGACGAGGACUUUAGCACACCAACACCUCCGCGGGAGGUGUGGGGGUGAGCCCCCAGAGGAGGUGUCAAUCCUAGCGCUGCUCAGUGACCAUCGCGGCGCCACCCAAGUAACACCUUUCGUCCGCUCUCCAGCCCCGACCGAGGCGACCAGCGCGCACAGCACCCGAUCACCGUGUCUCGUUUAGAGAGCCCUCUCUCUUCUCUCUUCGUCUUUUUGUCUCUCUUGCCUUGCGUUUUCGCGUAAGGAUAUCGGAAGCUAGUCCGAACUGUCCUCGUCCCCGGCCUGUGUCGUCCGGCCGUCGGACGCUGCUCCGACCCGACUCGUUCGUGUCGUUCCGCUCUCCCCGACACUGUUCGCGAAGACAACGACGAGAAGCAGGUUUCCACCCUAUUGGUCGCGUGCUCGCGUCGCGUCUCGCCGUGUCUAUCUAUCGCCUCGUUCGAACGCGGUUGAUAUUCGUGUCGAGGAAGUGAGUGCUCUGCGGAACUGGCCUCGAGUGGACAUCGGUGGACGACACAGUGAGAGUCAGUGAACAGUGAACGACACAAGGAUUUAACACGUCCUCGACGUGCACGUAUAGUGGUACUUGUCCGAGCAAUCGGUGUUUUGGGCUACGGUGUGACUCUGUCUAAGCGCCACCGCCGAUUCUACAGGAAGAUCUUUCCUCGGGUGAAUCGAGAAAGUGUGCUUCGUCGUGUUUCUCUGAGAUCCCCGGAUACGAGGUUCCACAGACAGCACGCGGCUUGAUACGUCUUGGAGAAAUUUUUUGGUGGUGGAUCGAAGCCUUGGCGGCGCUUCGAAGAUAACGAGGAAUCGCGAGAACGCGCAAGAUCCACGAGACGUACGAUGUCGAGAGGACGACUCGCGACGGACUUCGUGGGGAGUUCGCAGCGGGCGCGACGACAACGCAGCGAGGAUCUCGGCCUACGCUCCUGAACACCUCGAACACGUUGCUGCUAAACCGUCGACGAACUCGAGCAUGCCGAAGAAUCGACCACCAGAGACAUACACGACGGUCGACAACGUGGCAUCGCGAGGUUCAGUGAAAUCCAUCCCCAAGCAAGUGUAAAACCAAUCGCCAAGAUUUUCCACCAACAUUCCCAAGUGUAUCUGUGUUAUUGUGCGUGUUUGAAAUCCGAUUGUUUAAGUGUAAAAUCCGAGAUCGAUAGAAACGUCAGAAAUAAGAGAAAGAAAGGAAGGAAGACGUAUAAAAGGACGCCGUUCUCCGGUUUGAGUCACUCGAAGAGGAAUCUCGCGCGACUCGGCAGACCCGCCCGUCUCGAUGAGAUUCGAACAAGACACAGCGUGCAGGGGUACCCACUGCGCCAGCACUCCGCAACCCUCCGCGCUACAGCAGCGAUCACGGCUCGAGGAGGUGGUGGAGGAGGAGGUGGACUCCUCCGCGAAGGACAUCGAGGGUCAACGACGUAGACGCAGAGAAUUGGAGGCUAACGUGGUCGAGGGUGCAAACACGGGGCCGAGGGCCGAGGCGGGGGGGCCUGGGAUGGCGUACCCCGCGUCAGCGACGGCUCUGAAUCAGCACUCGGCCUUCGCGACCUCGAUCGCUGGCACGCCGUCCAGCAACCCGAACGGACACAUAUCCGGCGGCCACCUGCCGGCGCCGGCCGCCCCGCGACCGACGGACUUCAGCGUCUCGUCGUUGUUGACCGCUGCGACGACACAUCCGCCGAUUUUGGGUGGCUCGUCGUCCCAGGGAAGCGCGUCACCGCCACCCGGCGGACCGGGAAGCCCGGCCGCCGCGCCGGAAACACCGCCCCCGUUGCCAAGCCAGAGGGAAUUGUCGCAUCCGUCCUCUGCGGUGGCAGCGGCCAGCUACUUCAGCGCUGCCGCCCUGGCCGCCGCUGGAUUCUACAAUCCGGCGGCGCAUCUGCCAGCCACGAGUUCGCCGGGACCGACGGCGCAUCAUCUACAGGGAAAAGGGAUCCUGAGCAGUCCUCAUCAUCAUCCGCAUCUCAAUCCUCACGGCAUCACGCCGCCAGGUUUAGGCUUAGGCCCACAUACGCCCGAAGAAGCAGCUGUCCUGGCGGCCGCGGCGGCAGCGUUGCACCACCAUCAUCAGGGUGGUCCUGGUGGGCCUGCGAUGAGGCCACUCAGGCCUCCCCUACCCCCGGGGAUGUUGCACACCUCGCCACACCCUCUGGCACCGCAUCACCCCCUCGCAGGGCCUCACCAUCCCCUCGUACCUCCUCAUCAUCCUGAGGAAGACGGUGUCGUGGAUGAUCCUAAGGUAACCCUCGAGGGCAAGGAACUCUGGGAAAAAUUCCAUAAACUCGGCACGGAAAUGGUCAUCACCAAAAGCGGCCGGCAGAUGUUCCCUCAGAUGAAGUUCCGAGUUUCCGGAUUGGACGCGAAGGCCAAAUACAUCCUCCUGCUGGACAUCGUCGCAGCGGACGACUACAGAUACAAGUUCCACAACAGCAGGUGGAUGGUAGCGGGGAAGGCAGACCCGGAAAUGCCGAAGAGGAUGUACAUCCAUCCUGAUUCGCCGAGUAGCGGUGAGCAGUGGAUGCAGAAGGUGGUGAGCUUCCACAAGCUCAAACUGACUAACAACAUCAGCGACAAGCACGGCUUUGUAAGUACUACGAUAUUGAACUCGAUGCACAAGUACCAGCCGAGGUUUCACCUGGUGCGGGCCAACGACAUCCUGAAGCUUCCCUACUCGACGUUCAGGAGUUACGUUUUCAAGGAGACGGAGUUUAUCGCGGUGACCGCUUAUCAGAACGAGAAGAUCACCCAGCUGAAGAUCGACAACAACCCGUUCGCGAAGGGAUUUCGGGACACGGGGGCGGGGAAGCGCGAGAAAAAAAGGCAGGCGCUGUUGACAGUGUCAGGAGGCGGUUCCCGUCUAACAGCAGGUGGGCCAGCAUCCCCCGAGAAGCGUCGUUCUUCCAACUCGGUUAACGACCUCUUAGAUGACGAGGACAAACUUCUAGACGUCGUGGGACCCGAUACACCCCAUCCAGCGCAUCAUCAGCGCGAGCGCGAACACUCUCGCGAGAGGGACGAUCGAACAAGCGAAAGAGGGGAGGGUAGCGAGUCAUCGGGUUCCGAGAGCGGCGGUGGACCAGGUCCAACGGGUUCAGAAGGGCCUCGACCGGACGUGUCGGUUGGCCCACCGCUUCAUCCGCCCCUGUUACCGUACCUCUAUCCACCGGUACCUGGGUUAUACCCGGGUCCAGGGCCUCUAAUACCACCCAGUCCCCUGGGAAUCCACGGUGGAGUCACUCCAGGCAUGUUGUUCAACGCGCAACUGGCUUUAGCUGCGUCCCAGCAUCCAGCCUUAUUCGCCCACUAUCCUCAUCCCCUGGCCAGUCCUCUACAUCAACUAAAAGGACAUCGAUUCGCGCCGUACACCUUACCAGCACCGUCACACGGAUCCGCCUUCGAAACUGUCACCCCUGGUAGUAGGACACUCAGUCCAAGGUCUCCACCUCCAAGGCCUCCAACUAGCUCUCCCACACCAACGGCUGGCCUAACGUCGGGCGGCAGUUCAGCGGGUGAACUAAAAUCCAUAGAGAACAUGGUGAACGGCUUACAAGAGAAAAGGAGGCGUAGCCCUAGUCUAACACCCGGUGGACACAGGGGGGACGCGGACGCUGGCGGAGGGAGUCCGUGACAGGAGAACGAGCCCGUGACCAGCACGAACGACGACCCCGAUGACGAGCAGUUGGCCGAAACCUGCGAGCCUGAAGAGCUAUCCGGCGACGAGAGGGAGCCGGACUCAACCUCCGAGCCGUCGUAGCAGGGGAGAAGGUCGUCGGUCUCUGACAUCCUCCGUGCCCCGAUCCGGGUCGGUCCAUGGCGAGCCGGGCCCCGGGCACCUGGACGAGGGACGCUCGACAUAACGAAGUGCAAUUUUAGCCUGAGGACUGGCCGUGUGUUCGCCGGGCUCGAUCUUCCGGGACACCACGCCGUUUUCCUGCGAGUGUGUACAUAAAAUGGCCGGGAUGAAUCGCGCGGGGCCCGGCUUCUCCGCGCGUUGGACACUGCUUCAAGACUCUGCGACCGUUGCUGGUGUACAUUUCUGUUUACGGGGCACGAAAGGGUGGGACGAGCGUGGCUGAAUGGGGCUGAGACCUUACUACGUGGACGUGAGAGUUGUUUCGGGGCACAAUUUCAAGAGGAACUCUUCGAAUCACUUAGAGUGUGAGAAAACACUUUCGGGAUAUCCAAUUGUCUUGAACGAUUAGCUUCUUGACGAAGCCUUGAAAUGGCUUUCUCUGGUUGAUGGUCCUGGAAGGCUUGGAAACAAGUUCGUGCAGUGUCACUGGUUAUAGAUACAUUUGGUUAUUGUCGGAUCGAUUGUUUAGACACUGAGUUCGUGUGAAAGAUUCGAAGUACAAAAUUCUGAAAUUCCAAGCUUUCAAUGAUCGUCAAUUUUAUAGUGGUUGAUCUUUUGGGGGUUUCAAGAGAUGUCACGCUCGAAGUGUUUCGGAAAGUAUCUAGAAAGUCAUGAAUGUGUUUCACAAGGAUGGAAAGAUAAUAGCGUGGCUAGCGACAAUGGUUGCGUUCUACCCGCGUGCGUUUUAGGUGUAAGCGAGAGGGAGACAUUGCAAUACGAGAGCACCUCCUACUAUUUGCAGCCCCUGUACAUAUGUACCCUAGUGAUAUUAUAUUAUAUUAUAUAUAUAUAUUAUAUAUAUAUAUAAAUAACUACUCUCUCUCUGUAUUAAUUAUUGAAUAUAAUAUUAUAUUAAUUAUUAGAGAGACGUGAACGAAGCAUAAACGCACGCUACCCGAUCACGCCUCGACGCCCUCGGAAGUAGCGAAGGAAACGAAAAAAACAAACAAACCAUACAGAAAGUGGUGAAGAUGUGCAACAAACGAACGAUAUAAUUCGAAAAUAAAAAAAAGAUUCGACUCGCUAUUCGGCCGCGAAAAUCGCGUCGACGCGUGUUUUAGAUGAUCAAAAGUAAAAAAAAUCAAAUGAUCGAUCGUCGUCCUUCGAUUCGGAGCCUGCAUAGAGGGCACAACCGUCACCAGCCUCGUUUCAUGAACGUUUCCAAGCCGAAUCGAAACGACACCGAAAGAUUUCUCUCGAGGCGUUCAUCCACCCCAUCUCGACGUCGUUGCUUCGAAAAUGGAACACCACUCGCCCUUCCCAACCCUUGCGUCCCUCCUGUUUGUAUAAACGUUAGCGAUCGAUGUAGAUUAAUCGCGGGAAUUGUCGUAGAACAUCGAGCAAUCAGUUUCUCGAGAAUAAAAGUACCCAAGAACGAUGUAUAAAAAAAAAAAGGAAGAAGAAAUUCAGGACCUGUGUUGUUUCUGGAAGAUGAAAAUGCUCGCAACCCCAUCAAUUUCGUGUGUCUUCGUAAGUAACCCUUUGGUCGGUAACAUUUUUGAAUUCUGGUGGUUAUUUCGACCAGAUUAAUAUCGUACUGGGUGAAAAUUGGUAGAACUGCUUGGUUGUAGGAAGGGUGAUAGUACUGGUGGAUGUCUUAUCGGGGGUUGGAGUGCAAUUUGCGUUCUCGGAGCUCGUUUUCGUCAAUCGAUGUAUGUGUAAAUGUAAAGUUACUUUCUUCCAUGCCGACAAAGAGCUCCUCUCCUUAUUCCUUCGUUCUUUUCCUUACUUUUUCUUUUUUAAUGAGAAUGUAGCAACGGGACGGAUUGUAGUAUACGAUAUCAAAUUUUGUUGCUGUUACCGUGUAAAAAUGUGAAGUUUUGUAAUUAGUUUUGUUUAAUCCGCCUCUAGUGAUUAACGUUAUAGUUUGUUCCAGUUUUGCGAACUGUGGUUAACGGUAGUCGAAAUAUUAUUCCUAUGUAAAUGUCGUGUUCUGUAACACCACGCAAUGUUGCGAUUGUAUAAAAUAGUGAACUACAGCUGUGGUGGAUUUGAAGCGUCGCCAGAAUUAUUUUUCGAAGGGUCCUUCUCAUUUGUUUUUUUUUUUUUUUUUAAUUCUAUGAUAGAACAACUCGUGAUACCUCCGACGUGUUUUAUUGUAUAAAAAUGUGAAUACCUAUUAUAUCUCUGUUCCUACGUCUUUUUUUAAUUAAUUAAUGCUACUUUGCCAGUUACAAACUGUCAUUAUAAUGAUUUUUAAAAUAUUUUUUUCCUAUUUAAAAUUUUAAAUAAAUGCGUUAAAUGUUUCUCCCGCUCUCUUUUUCUUUUCUCUCUUUCCUUCAUUUAUUCUACUUUUUAGGGUAUAAAUUGCAUCCCGACGAUUUAAACAAAUUAAUCCAACACCAUCCUUCCUUUGACACUUAAACAGUUGACAUAGUGGCAAAUCAAAAAGUCUUGUUAAAAAUAUCAUUAUCGUUAGAUAAAAAAAUGUUCAUUUGAUCAAAUCUAGAUCAAAGGGUUAACAGCGUUAAGUUCACUAGACUUGACCGAUCGAGUUCUAUUUCCGCGACUGAAGCUCGUUUUCCUCGACACUUCCGCUGCUUAAAAAUCUAUAAUCUAUAAUCGUACUUACUAUCCAACCGAGAGAGAAAAAUUCAAAAUUAUACAAAAGUAGGGCUGUUUUAAGGAAAACGAGUGAAACGUGGCCACAUCUGUCGAUUGAAACGAAAAUGUAACUGCACAGGAAAUUUUGUAAGAGCAAAAUGUUGCUUCUUCGGCUUCAAAAAACCGAAAAAGAACCAUUGAAUGACAGCAUAAGAAAACUCGAAGCGAAAAUAUAAGAUUCGAGCGCAAACGAGGCUCGAAAGCGACGCGAAUGCAACGCGCAGUAUUGAUGCGCAAAUCAGGGCCGUAUCGUCGAGUAACGGGGCCCUACGUCAAGCUGCGAUCUUUCCACAAUCGAAGUUCCGUGAGAAUCUUGCUCAACCAUCAUCGGUCCCGUUUUGUUUAUCUUCGUUUCACUCCUGUAUUUUCAUUGCGGUUACUUCUCGAAGCGCGUUGCGUGCGGUCCUAUGUGCUUAGAAAGUAUGCGAGAGAGAGAAAGCGAGAAAGAAAGCGCGAGAGAGAAAGAAAAGAGAACACGUUGUCGAGAGAAAAGCAAUAAAAUAAAUGAACAAAAGGAAACAAAGAAACAAGUGUAACUCGAGGAGAAUCGAAACGUUCUAAACUAACACGAGAAUCCGUGAUAUUCCGUGGCUUGCAUUGUAUAUUGUACACCCAUCCAGCCCGAUCCUGCUACGCCCCUACCUCCCAGAAACGCCCUCCGAGAUCCACGUGACUAAGAAUUAUAUAUAUAUAUUAUAUAAUAUAUAUAUAUAUAUACAUAUAUUAAUUUAAAAAUACGACAUUGACUUUCUUCUCUGUAUUUUUUCACCCUAUAUCGUAAUUAAAUAUCUUUUCUUUGCACGGUGUACGAAGAACGUUCAUACACUUUAAGACACGGCUAAAAGGAAAUACUUUGUAACUAAAAAGUAUAACAGAUCGAUUAACGUCAUCAUGACGCUCCGUUACGUCAUUAUCUCCGCAAACAUUCAAUUUGAAUCAGCUCAAAGAGUUUCAUUAUUUCGAUAAUUAGACCUCGCCUUGACCGACCACUUUACUUCCGUGUAAAUUCGAUCCGGUGGUUUUUAUUAAUUUUCGAUCGAGCUCGUACGCCAGGUGCACGACUGGACUCGUGUAAGGGUGAGGUUAAACGAGAUCGAGAACAGAAAUUUACCGAAGAAGCUGCUCCGGGGCUGCGUUCCGUAACGAGAGAUCACCUGAUACAGCGGCUCCGGUGAACCGGUUACUUUCAACGGGUUGCGUUCUAGGCGGCCAAUCCAUGUUUUCUUCCCGCAAAAAGAAUGAGACGAUAAUCCACGAUAUCGGAAAUCUAUCAGGUAAGCUGACCUAUAUAGGAAUCACGGACGAAGGAGAAGUUUCAAAGUUGGUUAUGCGCGCGAACGAGUCAAGCGAAUGUGUACCACCUGGCGUCGGAUCUAGUAAUCACUGUUAAUCACGUGAUCGAUCUUUAGCGUAAGUAGCGUAAUAAUCGUUGUAGCAUCGCGGACACGGUCAUUCUCCGCAUACUAUAAAAUACGGCGGUGAAAUAAAUAAAAUCGGGGCCAUUAAAAAUCGGUCCCCCAGGGGGGGCGAGUCUCUUAAUUUUUCCGCCGCGUCCGCCAUAAAAGCUAACGACUUAAUCGCACGUGAACGUACAAAUUGCGUGAUUGUAUAAUUAGAACCGGCCGGGAUCGUGUAAGCGGGCAUUUUUGUCGUCGGAAACGUGCGGCUCCACGGCUACCUUUUUCUUCCUACCACGAAAUAUCGCGGCCACGUUGUAAACAAGCUGCCUACGUAAAUGGAGUUUUACUGUAAAGGAUCAAAUAACGACGGAGACAGUCCAAACCGGAAGUAACCAACAGAAGCAGAUACAAAGAAACAAAUGAAGUGGAACGAAGUAGGAAAAACGUUAUAGAACUGGAGGAACGAAAAGAUUUUCCACGUUGGUGUCGCAACGGUUGGUACGGUUGAAAAAAAAAAAACGCAUGGACUGUCGGACACGUCGGUGAGAAUAUGGCGAUAAUCUCUCGGGCAGAAACGAGUGGCAGUCACGGCAAUGCCUAAUCUGGAAAAUCUACGAGCCGUGACAUUCCAUUUUCAUGGUCAAUUAAUGCAACGCAAUCGAUUCACCGCCGCCGCUGACACCGUUCCAAUCCUUUCACUCGUGUCUCCCGCUGAUUUUUUACCACGGCCAGAGGCGAUAAUUGCUCGUCCAAGUUGUUGCCUAGUUCCAGCUAAACGGAAUCAAUUAACGAACGGUGAACGCGAACACGGGAUUACUUCAGCGUUCUUUCAUUACCGAUCUCUGUGAUUUAGACGUCGGUUAAGUCCUGGUUAAAUAGAACUUGAUUAUAGAUUAACUUGAAUUAAGUGCAAAUUAAUCUCUGCCGGAACGAGCUUAUUAAGGUGAGAAAAUAUAAUUAUUUUUUAUCUUUUAA